GCCCGCCGCAUUUCUGAACUCGACCACCAUCUUCUCCCUUUUUUCUUGGUUUCCGUGUCUGAAUUGCCCAUCGCGAACCCAUCGCCGCCGUACGAGCGCGACGACCAGACUUUGACCUGACCAUCGCUGCAUCAUCAGCAGCGCGAGAACAAUAGGAACAUCACAGCAGGCGCCCAACCGCGACCACACCCAAUCACACACCCCAUCAUGGACACCGACAUGGACUUUGGUGACGCCCACGCCGUCUUUGCGCAGGAGGCUGCAGCAAUGGCGCAGCAGGUGCCACAGGCGCCGCUGGACGCAGAUCGCAAGAUGCUCGACCUCGUGUUCGUCCAGGACUGUACCGGAUCUCAGGGCUCCUACAUAGCGUCCGCCACCAAGAACAUCGAGGCCAUCUGCGAGCACAUCUUCCAGUCCGGCAAGCUCCUGUCGCGCGAGGACCUACGCGUCGGCCUCGUCGCGUUCCGCGACCAUCCGCCACAGGAUCACACCUACAUCACCAAAAACUUUGGCUUCUCGUCCGACAUCACCAAGGUGCACCACGACCUGAGCGGCCUCUACGCGAGUGGCGGUGGCGAUGGGCCGGAAGCGGUGACGGCAGCGCUUGCGGAGGCGCUCCAGAUGGACUGGCGACCGACAGCGAGCAAGAUGAUUGUACUGAUUGCGGACGCACCACCCCACGGCAUUGGCGAGUACGGAGAUGGAUUCGACGAUGGCUCACCGGAUGGACACGAUCCUUUGCAGCUUGCGAGGGAGAUGGCGAAGCAUGGGAUCACUCUCUUCUUCGUUGCUUGUGAACCUGCACUCAGCGGUUACUCAUACGCCACCGACUUCUACAACGCCCUCACAACCAUUACCUCCGGGCUCAUGCUCCCGCUCACCACCGCAGACCUCCUUGCACACGCCAUCGUCGGCAGUGUCCUCGAGAACCUCGACAUGGAGCGCCUGGUGCGCGAAGUCGGUGUCGCCGUCGCACAACGAAUCCUCGGCAAUAACGAGUCCGUCGACGAUGUCGCACGUGAGCUGCACGAGAAGUUGUUGCUUCGGAACGAAAGCACGAAGCGGGUGGUCAUCGAGAGUAUAUAUCGCGAGAGCGAGGAAGCUGCGCACAACGUGCAAGUAUUCCUGAAUGCGCCCAAUCUCAAGGAAGCAAGACAAUUGCUGAAGAGGGUACACGGCUCCCGCUUCACCGAGAAAUACCUCGCAGCAAGGCAUUCCAUGAAUCGCGGGGGCUACUCCUACUACCCCGCUACCCCACCACGAACGCCCGCCAAGACCACCUCGUCACCCCGCAGCUCUCUGGGAGGCUCGCCGCCUCGCAAGGUCGCCACCGAAUUUGCCGCGUUCGGUGCGCCGAAGGAGGCGAGCGUGUUCGGCACGGCAGUCGCGCGCAGCCCAUUCUCGCUCGCAGGCGGCAAGGCGGCGUUUGGGGGCAUGCGAAACGCGGGAGUGCGCCCAACGUUCGACGACGAUGAUGACGAAGACGAGGACGGAAUGCGGGUGGGCGGCGGUGGGGUGAUACCGGACGACGAUGAUGAUGGGAGGCAGAAGAUCGAGCUAAGGGAGUCCUCAAUUUCGCUGGAGCAGGCGCGCCGGAUCGCGAUGCAAAGUGCGUGGCGCGGUAUGAGGGCGUGAUGGCCGGGAGCCAGUGCGCCUUCUCCAUGUUGUUCGUUCAGUAUCUUUUAUCCUCGCAACUCUUCACACCCAAUUUUCUUGCCUUUACUGCCUACUGCACGUAUCUCAUUUUAGGCCUCUGUUGUAUCCAUAUGCUAUCAAGUAUAUUUGCCAGUACCACGUAGCCUUCUGGCGCUCGUUCAGGACAUCCUUUAUCGAUCAAGCUUUUUUCGUUCGUACAUCUCGUUCGCGCUAUCGCUUUCGCAGUUCGGUGAAGUAGAUGAUCUGCACUACACAAUUCAUUAUCCAAACACCCUGUGCGCGUCCG